AUGGCUUUGCGAGAUUCCUCUACCUACGAAUACGACGUGUAUCUCAGCUUCAGAGGUGAAGAUACGCGCCAUAGUUUUACCGGAAAUCUCUACAGAGCUCUAGAUCAAAGAGGGAUCCGUACCUUCGCUGAUGACGGCAUGCUUCUUAAAGGAGACGGACCCAGUCGAUCGCUUUUGAAGUCAAUACACCAAUCAAGGAUUGUCAUAGUUAUAUUCUCUAACAACUAUGCCUUUUCUACUUGGUGCCUGGAAGAACUCACUGCGAUCCUAGAUUGCUAUGAACAUGACAAGAAGAAUGGCCGCGUGGUUUUACCCGUUUUUUAUGAAAUGGAUCCUUCUGAUGUGCGACACGGGAGAGCAAGCUACGGAGAAGCACUGGCUAAGCAUGAGAAGAGGUUCGUGAAGGAUGGUGUCCAGAAAGUACAGAAAUGGAGGAUGGCACUGCACAAUGCAGCUAACCUCGCUGGCUUUCAUAUCGAGAAGGGUGGAUACGAAUAUAAAUUUAUUGAGAGUAUCGUUAAGGAAGUCCAUAGCAUGAUUUCUCGUGUGUUUUCACGUGCUUCUUUACGUGUUGCUGAUUACCCCAUUGGAUUGGAGUCUCGAGUGGGUAAAGUAAAAUCACUUCUGAGUCUUGAGUCUGAUGAUCUAGUCCAGAUGGUAGGCAUCCAUGGUAUAGGUGGAAUUGGGAAAACUACAAUUGCUCUAGGAGUAUAUAAUUCAAUUGGUGGCCAGUUUGAAGGUCUGUGUUUUCUCGAGGAUGUGCGAGAGAAUUCAAUGAAAUUUGGGUUAGUACAUCUUCAAGAGAUUGUUCUUUCAGAUAUGUGGCGAUGGGGAUAUUGA